AAUCUACUCAUUAUCCAUGGAAAUCGAGUUUAUUUUGUAUUACUGUGAUGUCUGAAGAGUAGCGGAGAUGUUGAGGGUGGUUGUGCUGGGGAUCCUGUGCUGCGUUCAUGCUGGGUCUGCUGCAGGAACCCACUCCCUGCGGUAUUUCUUCACGGGGGUCUCAGAGGGGACGGGGCUCCCUGAGUUCAGUGCUGUGGGGCUGGUGGACGAUGUGCAGCAUGUGCACUACGACAGUAUCACCAAGAAGAUGAGACCCACACAGGACUGGAUGGAGAGAUCUGAGGGGCCGGAGUACUGGGAGAGAGAGGCUCAAAACCUUAUCGGUGCAGAGCAGGUUUUCAAAGCCAAUAUUGGAGUCGCAAUGCAGCGCUUCAACCAGACUGGAGGAGUUCACACAUGGCAGUGGAUGUACGGCUGUGAGCUGGAUGAGGACGGGACCAAGCAGGGGCUUUAUCAGUACGGAUUCGAUGGGAAGGAUUUCAUCAGCUUCGAUAAGGACACUCUGACCUGGACCACCCCUGUGCAGCAGGCUGUCAUCACUAAAAACAAGUGGGAUGCUGACAGAGCCAGGAAUCAUCAGCGGAAGGGCUAUCUGGAGGAGACGUGUAUCGAGUGGCUGCAGAAGUACGUCCAGUACGGGAGGGAGACUCUGGAGAGGAGAGUUCCUCCUGCAGUGACUCUGCACCAGAGGAAAGCUCGUGGAUCUGCAGACACGGAGGUCCUGUGUCAUGUGACAGGGUUCUUCCCCCGCGCUGUGGAGGUGACCUGGGUCAGAGACGGACGGGAUCAGCUGGACGAGGGGGUGCAGAGUGGGGAGGUGCUUCCCAACCAGGACGGGACCUACCAGCUGAGAAAGAUCCUGACCGUGAGCUCUGAGGAGCAGAAGGGACACAGCUACUCCUGCCAGGUGGACCACGCCAGCUUCACUGAGAAACAGAACUUCAUCUGGGAUCCCAACAUGAGGAGUAGCGAUGGCGGCCCCCCUAUUGGGAUCAUUGCUGGAGUCAUAGGGGGUGUACUGGCUAUACUGGCUGCAGUGAUCAUUGGAGUGGUGAUCAGGAAGAAGAGACAAGGAGGUACCCAGAAGGCAGACUACAGCAAAGCUCCAAGUAAGGAAGGCUCCGACACUUCCUCUGACACCGCCCCUAAUGUCUGAGGAGAGUGACUCCACUGCAGAGAGAAUCAGCGAGUCUGCAGAGAUUUCAUCUUUUACAAUCCUUCAUACGCAAUACUGCUUUAUAGUUUGAUUUGAUUCCACACAUUGCAACUGUACAAACCAGUAGACAAGGAACCUGCCUCAAAAUCAACUGUGUGAAUCAGCAAACAACACAAAUGAUACAAUGAGAGGAACAAGAGCAUGCAUUUCUACAACAUGACAUUAUAAUGGGAUACAGCAAGACGACCCGUUUAACAAGGAGCUGUCGUAUCCAUGCAGGGCUAUUGUAGAAACACUAACACUCACUAGUGAAAUUUAUUAAUUCAUUAUCUAGACAUUAGUAAAGUGUUCUAGUUGAAUGUUUGUCAAAGUACAGUCAAUUCUCAUUGAAACAAACAGUACUGUAACUUCAACACAAACUCACAGGAUGCAUUUGGCUUUAGACCCCUGAUAAUCAGAGUUACUGAUGAGACACAUUUGUUUUGCUGGUCCCUUGUUUGUAUUGAUGAGAGUUGACUGUCUUCUCUUUUAGCAUUGCUGCAUGUGUCCUGUUUAAGGCAGACACUGAGUCGGAGUGAGUCGGUGUCUUCACUUCAGUUUGAAAUGUUGCAGUUCCCUUGUCUACUGGUCCGGCUUUGUUUAUUUACUAUGUUGAUGUUUUUCUCAAUCAGAAUGUGCUUUUGAUAAUACCUUAGAUAGUUUGUUAAGAGUGUCUCGCUGUUCCCGUGUCCCAGUCCCCAGGGUUAGUGUUCCCCAGUGUCCCAGUCCCCAGGGUUAGUGUUCCCCAGUGUCCCAGUCCCCAGGGUUAGUGUACCCCAGUGUCCCAGUCCCCAGGGUUAGUGUACCCCAGUGUCCCAGUCCCCAGGGUUAGUGUUCCCCAGUGUCCCAGUCCCCAGGGUUAGUGUACCCCAGUGUCCCAGUCCCCAGGGUUAGUGUUCCCCAGUGUCCCAGUCCCCAGGGUUAGUGUACCCCAGUGUACCAGUCCCCAGGGUUAGAGAGAUAGUAAAAGAUAAGAUGAUACAAUACCCCUUUAAAUGACACAGAAAGGGACAGGCGAG